AUGGCAAAGGGGAGCGGCCUGCCAAGCCAAUCUGCGGCGGCGGAUGAGGAUGCACCUGCGAAAAUCACGCUGCCAGCAGAGCUGAAGAAGCGCCUGGUGGACGAUCAUGACAAAAUCAAAGCAAAGAAGUUGGCAAAGCUGCCUGCGCGACCAACCGUGUCGGAUGUACUGAACGACUUUCUCAAGUCAUACAAAACAGACUCCCCGGAGAAGGAAGUGGCCUGCGAAGUCGUUGCAGGCGUGAAGGUGUACUUCCAGCACUGUCUGCCGGCAAUAUUGCUUUACAAGUUCGAGAAGCAGCAGUACGACAACUUCAACAGCGCGGACGAUGAGGCGGACCCAUGCACCCACUACGGCGGCAUUCACUUGUUGCGGCUCUUUGUCAAACUGCCCGGUCUGCUGGCCAAGACGCAGCUCAAGGAGGACGCGCGAAGCGUCCUGAACGCGGGCCUGAUGCAGAUCAUCACACACAUUGCCAAGCACGCCGACAAGCUCGUGCCCAUGCGCUAUGCCGAUGCCGGCACGGAAUACAAGAAGCGCAACUGA